UUUCUGUCGGCAGACGGUGAAGUAAGUGACGUGUUUGGCCAGUGUGUUCGCAUUCGACUUGAAAACGCUUGACUUCCAAUCCGCACUGCGAGCCACGUCACCCAGUGGAAGCAAAGUUUUUUAAAGUGGCUUUUGAAAAAGAAAAAGAAAACUUUUAAAAGGAAAACUCCCACCGACUCAAACUGCAACGAGAAUAAUUUUGUAGCUGCAAAAUUGAAAAAGCGUGUUUUUUGCAGCCAAAUUUUACGCAUAGGUUCCAAUAUAUGGAGAUUUAGUUUUAGAUUUAGAAUUAGUUUUUUUUUUUUUUUUUUUUCUAGAAGCUGCACUAAAACUUUUUUUAAAAAACUCUGCAGCCGAAUACCGAGACAAGAUGAACCUCUUCAGACUCCUGGGUGAUGUCUCGCAUUUGCUGGCUAUGAUCAUUUUAUUCGCGAAAAUCUGGAGGUCGAAAUCCUGUGCAGGUAUCUCGGGUAAGAGCCAGAUUCUGUUCGCUGUGGUUUUCAGCACCCGAUACCUGGACCUCUUCACGUCCUUCAUAUCCAUUUACAACACAGUGAUGAAGGUUGUCUUUCUGUCUCUCGCCUACGCCACUCUGUACCUGAUCUACCUGCGCUUCCGCAGCUCCUACGACCAGGAGAACGACACUUUCCGCGUGGAGUUCCUGCUCAUUCCCGUGGUGGGCCUGUCCUUCCUGGAGAACUACGCCUUCACCCCCCUUGAGAUCCUGUGGACCUUCUCUAUCUACCUGGAGUCGGUGGCGAUCCUGCCGCAGCUCUUCAUGAUCUCGAAGACGGGCGAGGCCGAGUCCAUCACCACGCACUACCUCUUCUUCCUGGGCCUGUACCGCGCGCUCUACCUGGCCAACUGGAUCUGGCGCUACAACCAGGAGGGCUUCUUCGACCAGAUCGCUGUGGUGUCGGGGGCCGUGCAGACCAUCUUCUACUGUGACUUCUUCUACCUCUACUUCACCAAAGUGUUGAAAGGGAAGAAGAUGAGCCUGCCUAUGCCAGUGUGAGAAGCUGUCGCUCAGACCACGACACAAAGGGAACACGACACACUACGAACUCUUGUCUUUUUUUAUAUUUGAUGAGCUUUCAGUGUAUUUGUUUGUUUUAUAAAUGUCUGUGAUGCAAUUUCAGCGCUCAUGAAUGGUACUGGAUUGGCAGUUUGAGAGACUGACAUCUAAUAUUCAGCACAGAUGGCACUGCUAAACUUGCAUAAACGCACACACACACACACACACACACACAGGAGAUGGAAAUAAGUCUCCCCACUGCAUAGCAAUUUGAUCCAUUUCUGGUUUAAUAUUAAGACACCUGAGCUUGUUACCCAUACACACAGUGGCUAAUCAAGCUGGUAGUAAAACCUGGAAUGGGUGACACUGCUGUGCAAUAGGAGUCUUAUUUCCAUCCUUACAGACAUACACAUUCCUAUUACACACAUGCUUACAUCUGUGGCCCAUAUCUUGUGUCUUUGUAGAUGAGACUUAUGAAAAUGUUGGUCUUCCAGAUUAAGAGUAUAUUAUAUUUUAUACUGGAAUGGAAAUAAGACUCCUAUUGCACAGCAGUGUCACUCCUUCCAGGUUUUACUACCAGCUUAAUUAGCCCCCGUGUGUUUAGAUAGCAAGCUCAGGUGUCUUAUUAAGCUCUUACCAGUGAAACCAGGAAGAUAUGAAACUGGUAUGCAACAGGAGUCUGAUUUCCAUCCCUGUUAUAAUUGACGCAUUUCAAUUCUGAAUGUGUCAAAUAAUGUAUUUCUGCAACGAGGACUGAACAGAUUAGUAAAAUGUUGAUUUUUUUAAUGUGUUUAUUAUGUGUGCAAGAAAACAUUUUUACAAAAAGAAGAUACCCAAACCAAGAAAAAAAGAAAAUAAAUAUAACAUGAUUUUAGCAUUAUUGGAAA